AUGGCUGCACAGAAAUCGGCAUCGCUCGAUGCUCCUCUUGAAAUGAACAAACCGAGCACCAUUGAAUCAAUGCCUAUUCUGCCUGACCUGGCUGAGCCGGUGACGAAUUUGCAGAUGGACUAUUUAUUUUACAAGAAAUCAUUGCUCACAAAGACAGUGUUCAAAUCCAAAGCUGUUGCGUCUUUGCUUGUUGCUGCGUUUGCAGGACUCUUUUACCGUAAAUUCGGGCCUUAUUUCACUCCAUACAACUUCAGGAACGGAACUACCGAAGGGUUGCACAAUAUCUACCACUCUCCAUUUUUCAUCCAAGACGCGUUUUAUCUUGUCUCCUCGACGUUUAUGAUUUUCUCUGCCACUCUUGUUGCCGCAUGGCUUCAUACGAACUUCUUGAAGUACGAGGCAGAGGAGGUGCCCAAGCACAUGGAGCAGUAUUUUGGGCUGGACCUGGAAGACUAUGCUAAGAGUUCUGUCAAGUCAAAGCUAAGAAGAGUCCCAGCAGACGUAAAGCAAAAAGUGAAAUUCAUGGAGAAACAUUCGUUUGUGAUACAAUAUCGCGAGACGCCGAUCGCUUUUAUAGUGCAGCAGAAGAAGUCUGAUUCCAGCUUCAACAUCACUGGUCUUGCCGUGAGACGGGUCUAUAUCAAGUCCAAGAUCCUUGCAGACUUGCUCGACUGGGCCAAGAAAGAACUUAGUCCCAAAGAAUCGACUUCGAUCACUGUCUACUCGUUUGAGACGUUUGAUAUUGACAUUCUCAAAGAAAGCGGUUUCAAGCUGUUGAAAAAAGAGCCGUUAGACUCCUUUGUUCUGGGAUCAUUGUUUGGGAUCACUCGCGACACAUACAUCUACGAAUGGAGCAGUUAA